GACAUGGAGGGGGCUCUGACCGCACGGGACCGCGUGGGGAUCCAGGACUUUGUCCUGCUGGACGCCCACACCAGCGAGACUGCUUUCCUAGACAACCUGAAGAAACGCUUCAUUGAGGACCUAAUCUAUACCUAUAUAGGCACUCUGCUAGUGUCUGUGAACCCCUACAAAGAGUUGAACAUCUACAGUAAAAAACAGAUGGAUAUAUACAUGGGCGUCAACUUUUUUGAGCUUCCACCGCAUAUUUUUGCCCUGGCGGACAACGCCUACCAUACCAUGCUGACUGAGGCCAACAACCACUUCAUCCUCAUCUCUGGGGAGAGUGGUGCCGGCAAGACCGAGGCUUCCAAGAAGAUCCUGCAGUACUACGCUGUUAGCUGCCCCAGUACCACCCUACUGGACAGCGCCAGGGACCGGAUGCUGUUGUCCAACCCUGUGCUGGAGGCUUUCGGCAACUCCAAAACACUAAAGAAUGACAACUCUAGCCGCUUCGGGAAGUACAUGGAUAUCCAGUUUGACAUCCAGGGGGAUGCAGUGGGGGGGCACAUCCUGAGCUACCUGCUGGAGAAGUCCAGAGUGGUCCACCAGAACCACGGAGAGAGGAACUUCCACAUCUUCUAUCAGCUGGUGAAGGGAGGAGAGGAGGACCUGCUGCAUCAGCUAGGCCUCGAGAGCAACUGCCAGCACUACAGCUACCUGGUGCAAGGCGAGUGUGCCAACGUGACCUCAAUCAAUGACAAGAAUGACUGGAAGACAGUGAGAAACGCCCUGUCCGUCAUCGACUUUGAUGAGAGUGACAUACAACACCUGUUAGGGGUCAUAGCAAGCGUCCUCCACUUAGGGAACGUGCAGUUUGAGCCUGACAGCAAAGGCUACGCCACGUUGAGCAACAGCGCUGAGCUCCGCUGGGUUUCAACAUUGCUGGGCGUCAAUGUUCAAGUGCUGCAGGAGGGGCUGACAUCCAGGAAGAUUGAGGCCAAAACGGAUGAGGUGCUCAGCCCAUUCACAGUGGACCAUGCCAUCUAUGCCAGAGAUGCCCUCGCCAAAGCCAUCUAUGGACGCACCUUCACCUGGCUGGUCAAUAAAAUCAACGACUCCAUGGAAAAUAAGGACUCGUCAAGGAAGACAGUAAUUGGUCUCCUAGACAUAUAUGGCUUUGAAGUUUUCUAUGUCAACAGUUUUGAACAGUUCUGUAUAAACUACUGCAACGAGAAACUGCAGCAGCUUUUCAUCCAGCUGACCUUGAAGUCGGAGCAGGAGGAGUACGAAGCAGAGAGCAUUGGGUGGGAGCCUGUCCAGUUCUUCAACAACAAGAUUAUCUGUGACCUAGUGGAGGAGAAACACAGGGGCAUCAUCUCAGUGCUAGAUGAAGAGUGCCUGAGGCCUGGAGAGGCCACUGACCUCACGUUUCUGGAGAGGCUUGAGGAAAAAUUAGACAGUCACCCUCAUUUCGUCACGCACAAGCUGGCUGACAAGAAGACACGUAAGACGCUGGAGAGAGACGACUUUCGCCUUCUGCAUUACGCCGGGGAGGUCACCUACUGCGUUGUGGGGUUCCUCAACAAAAACAAUGACCUGUUAUACAGAAACAUCAAAGAUGUGAUGCGGCAAUCUAAAAAUACCAUAGUCAGAGAGUGCUUUGCAUCAAAGGAGUCGGAUGGCAGGCGGCGACCAGAGACGGUUGCUAGCCAGUUUAAGAGCAGUCUGCUGGGACUGACAGACAUCCUCAUGUCUAAGGAGCCCUGGUAUGUGCGCUGCCUCAAAUCUAACGAGUCCAAACAGCCAGGGCAGUUUGACGACAUGGUGGUUCGGCACCAAGUGAAGUACCUGGGGCUGAUGGAACACCUUCGGGUCAGACGGGCAGGUUUUGCAUACCGAUGCCGCUAUGACGUUUUUCUGCAGAGAUACAAGCCCCUAUGCCCAGCCACCUGGCCCUAUUGGAGAGGAGUGGCUGCAGAAGGAGUGGAAGUGCUGGUGCAGCACCUAGGUUACCUACCAGAUGAGUACAAAAUGGGCAGAACCAAGAUAUUUAUCCGCCACCCCAGGACACUUUUUGCCACAGAGGAUGCCUUUGAGGUCUGCAAACAUAAACUUGCAUCAAGGAUUCAGGCCCAGUACAAGGGAUACUGGCAAAAAGGACAAUUCAGAAGACAGAAAGAAGCCGCCACCAAGAUUGAAACUUGCUGGCGAGGAGUACAAGCCAGGAAAGAGAAAGGGAGGAGACAAUGGGCUGUCAAGGUCAUCAAGAAGUUUAUUAAAGGAUACAUGGCCAGAGGGGAGGCAAAGACCAUUGAUAACUCAGAAUACCUGGCCUUUGUCAGACAGAACUACCUAAACAGGCUGAAAGACAAUCUCCCCGAAAUGGUUCUGGAUAAAACCAGCUGGCUUACCCCUCCACCGGUAUUGACGGAGACCUCAGAGAUCCUGCGUCAGCUCCACAUGCGUCUCAUGGUGAGGAAGUAUAUCAGAGGUAUCACUGCACAACAGAAAGCACAGCUUCAACUCAAGGGGAUCACCAGUGUCAUCUUCAAGGGCAAGAAGGACAGCUACCCACAGAGUGUCUCCCAACCCUAUGUGGACACCAGGAUCAGUGAACAGGACAUAAAUAUGAAGGUCCUGCAGAUGAUUCACCAUGAAGGAAUCAAGUACAGCAUACCAAUAGUGAAGUAUGACAGGAAUGGAUUUAAAGCCCGACCUCGGCAGCUCAUCCUCACACAGACUGCUGCCUAUGUGGUGGAUGAUGCCAAGAUCAAGCAGAGAGUGCUGUACACUACUCUGAAAGGUGUGUCGGUCAGUACCUUGAGUGAUGGCGUCAUCAUUUUCCAUAUUGCAAGUGAAGACGAUAAGCAGAAGGGGGACCUAAUCAUGCAGUGUGACCACCUGUUUGAAGCGUUGACCAAACUCAGCGUGGUUGCCAACAAGCAGAGCCCCAUCAACGUGGUCCAGGGCAGCGUCAAGUUUCAGAUGCAGGCGGGGAAAGAGGGCAUUGUGGAAUUCAGCAGUGGCCAGGAGUCCAUGGUGUACAAGGACAAGAAUGGACAUCUCAUGGUGGUGAGUGAUGCUGUUACUGCUGCUGAGAGGGGCCUGGUUGCCUGUUCCCAGACCUUGAGCUCCUGCUGUGGGAGACGGGUGAGAGUAGGAGUGGGGAAGAAGAGGCGCUGGAAGUAA